GGGUCGCGGAGGCUUUCGCUUUGCCGCCGCGUUUGGGCGGCGGGAGGAGCGGACUGGGCGGCCGGCUCUUAGGACUUCAGGCUCUGGCGGCGCCGAGGGGGCGCUUUUAGUGCAGCCCUCCCGGUUCAAGGCUCUUUUGCCGAGGCGCCCGUGCUCCCGGGCUCCUCGCCUCGGCCCCCCGCGGCCCCGAUGCCGAGGCAUGGAUAGAGCGGCGUUGCGCGCGGCGGCGAUGGGUGAGAAGAAGGAGGGCGGCGGCGGGGGCGCCGCGGCGGCCGCGGACGGGGGCGCAGGGGCCGCGGCCAGCCGGGCGCUGCAGCAGUGCGGUCAGCUGCAGAAGCUCAUCGAUAUCUCCAUCGGCAGUCUGCGCGGGCUGCGCACCAAGUGCUCUGUGUCCAACGACCUCACGCAGCAAGAGAUCCGGACCCUGGAGGCAAAGCUGGUGCGAUACAUCUGCAAGCAGCGGCAGUGUAAGCUGAGCGUGACCCCCAGUGACCGGACUGCCGAGCUCAACAGCUACCCGCGCUUCAGUGACUGGCUGUACAUCUUCAACGUGAGGCCCGAAGUGGUGCAGGAGAUUCCCCAAGAGCUAACACUGGAUGCCUUGCUGGAGAUGGAGGAGUCCAAGGCCAAGGAGAUGCUGCGGCGCUGGGGGGCCAGCGCUGAGGAAUGUAACCGGCUUCAGCAAGCCCUCACCUGCCUCCGGAAGGUGACUGGCCUGGGAGGGGAGCACAAAGAGGACUCUGGUUGGAGUUCGGCAGAUGCACAGCGGGAAAGUAGUUCGGGGCCUUCAGUGGACAUGCUCUCCCCAUUGGGCAGAGUGGGUGCCGGCACUCAGGGUCCUCGUUCCAUCUCCGUGUCAGCCCUGCCUGCCUCGGACUCUCCAGGCCCUGGCCUCAGUGAAGGCCUCUCGGACACCUGUAUUCCCUUGCACACCAGUGGCCGGCUGACCCCCCGGGCCCUGCACAGCUUCAUCACACCCCCUACCACACCCCAGCUACGACGGCACGCCAAGCUGAAGCCACCAAGGACACCCCCACCGCCGAGCCGCAAGGUCUUCCAGCUGCUACCCAACUUCCCCACACUCACACGCAGCAAGUCCCACGAGUCCCAGCUGGGAAACCGAAUCGAUGAAGUCUCCCCAAUGAGGUUUGACCUCCCUCAUGGAUCCCCACAGCUGGUACGAAGGGAUAUCGGGCUCUCAGUGACACACAGGUUCUCCACAAAGUCAUGGCUGUCACAGGUCUGCAACGUGUGCCAGAAGAGCAUGAUGUUCGGGGUGAAAUGCAAACACUGCAGGUUGAAAUGUCACAACAAAUGCACAAAGGAAGCCCCCGCCUGCAGAAUAUCCUUCCUCCCACUAGCCAGGCUUCGGAGGACAGAGUCUGUCCCCUCAGACAUCAACAACCCGGUGGACAGAGCAUCAGAGCCCCAUUUUGGAACGCUUCCCAAGGCCCUGACGAAGAAGGAGCAUCCUCCAGCCAUGAACCUGGACUCCAGCAGCAACCCAUCCUCCACCACGUCCUCCACACCGUCAUCACCAGCGCCCUUCCUGACCUCAUCCAACCCCUCCAGUGCCACCACGCCCCCCAACCCGUCGCCUGGCCAGCGGGACAGCAGGUUCAGCUUCCCAGACAUUUCCGCCUGUCCUCAGGCAGCCCCGCUCUCCAGCACAGCCGACAGUACACGGCCCGAGGACCAGCCCAAAGCAGACGUGCUGGGUGUUCAAGAAGCAGAGGCUGAGGAGCCUGAGGCUAGCAAGUCCGAGGCAGAAGACGAUGAGGAUGAGGUGGAUGACCUCCCCAGCUCCCGCCGGCCUUGGCGGGGCCCCAUCUCUCGAAAAGCCAGCCAGACUAGCGUGAACCUGCAGGAAUGGGACAUCCCCUUCGAGCAGGUGGAACUAGGCGAGCCCAUCGGGCAGGGCCGCUGGGGCCGGGUGCACCGAGGCCGAUGGCAUGGCGAGGUGGCCAUUCGGCUGCUGGAGAUGGACGGCCACAAUCAGGACCACCUGAAGCUGUUCAAGAAGGAGGUGAUGAACUACAGGCAGACCAGGCACGAGAACGUGGUGCUCUUCAUGGGGGCCUGCAUGAACCCACCCCACCUGGCCAUUAUCACCAGUUUCUGCAAGGGGCGGACAUUGCACUCAUUCGUGAGGGAUCCCAAGACGUCUCUGGACAUCAACAAGACAAGACAAAUCGCCCAGGAAAUCAUCAAGGGGAUGGGCUAUCUUCAUGCCAAGGGCAUCGUGCACAAAGACCUCAAGUCCAAGAAUGUCUUUUAUGACAAUGGCAAAGUGGUCAUCACAGACUUCGGGCUGUUCGGGAUCUCGGGCGUGGUCCGGGAGGAACGGCGUGAGAACCAACUGAAGCUGUCCCAUGACUGGUUGUGCUACCUGGCCCCCGAGAUUGUUCGAGAAAUGACACCCGGGAAGGAUGAGGACCAGCUGCCCUUCUCCAAAGCUGCUGACGUCUAUGCGUUCGGGACUGUGUGGUAUGAGCUACAGGCAAGAGACUGGCCCUUUAAACACCAGCCUGCAGAGGCCUUGAUCUGGCAGAUCGGAAGUGGGGAAGGAGUGAGGCGCGUCCUGGCGUCCGUCAGCCUGGGGAAGGAAGUCGGCGAGAUCCUGUCUGCCUGCUGGGCUUUCGACCUGCAGGAGAGACCCAGCUUCAGCCUGUUGAUGGAGAUGCUGGAGAAGCUGCCCAAGCUGAACCGGCGGCUCUCCCAUCCCGGGCACUUUUGGAAGUCCGCUGACAUUAACAGCAGCAAAGUCAUGCCCCGCUUUGAAAGGUUUGGCCUGGGGGCCCUGGAGUCCAGUAAUCCAAAGAUGUAGCCGGCCAUGCACAUUCGUGCAGAGGGUGCCUUCCUUUCUGAAACAUGGUUAUGAAACACGCAAACCACCGCCACGAGGAAUGAGAGAAGUGUUGCAUGCCAAGCUACAGACCAGGAGUAUGACUCCUCCGUGAAGAAUGUGAUCGCAGCGGUGUGUGGGGCUCCGGAUGGGAGCCGUACAUGCCACUCCAGAUAACACCACUGCCGCCAGUGUUUACAGAGGUUUCUGCCCCGCAAGCUUGGUGUUUUAUGGUAGUUAGUAAUAGUUCUACAGAAGGGUGCUGGCACUUCGGAGCAACAGAAAUGCCCCCCCUCCCCACCCCCUUCUCUAAGGUCCUGCAGCAGUGAGGGGCCCAGGGGUGAGCAAGAAGGAAGAAAAGCAGCAUGAAUGUAGCUGUUCUGGGGAAAGAGGACAUGACGGGAGGUUUGCCCUGGCCUGUGCUUUGGCCCUGACCCCCACUGGUCCCUCUCUUUGUCCAUGAGGAACAUCAGCCCUUCCUUAGCUUGUGGGAGAAAGCUUGGCUAGGAACUCUUCUGGAUUAUGGGGUCAGGAGUUCCUGAAGAGUUUGGAUUUAGUUUCUGCUCUGAUCCGGGCUUGGUGUGCUAAAAAAGUACAGACAGAAUCCUAGUGGCUUCUAGAUGGAUCUGAUGGAUCUUAGCCCAGCUUCUACCACAGCAGAAGGAAACGAUCACACAUCUGUGGAGACAUCUGCUGCUUCUCUGAGGCCUCCAGGCAGACAUGAAGGCUGUGGAACUCAGCCUGUAUCACCACCCCCUACCCCCAGUGCCUCACAUU